GAGAGAAACAGCUGAUUUAGAAAUUUUAUGCAAUCCCUGUGCAAAUGGAUAUGGCCAGCAAUAAAAGUGUUAAGCUUCAAAUCAAUACACCAAGUGGCAGUAUUUCAGCAUACAUGGAGCCAGAGAUGGCCGAAUACUACAGAUCUAACAGUGAAGCCCUUGGAUCCCUUGUUAAGGAGCAUCUUCAGAUGUCUACUACAUUUGAUGGUGCAGCCAAUUCUAUCUCAAGCCCUUCAUCAAGGUCAACCAAUGUCAUCAGCCCAAGCUCAUCUUCUGUCAUCAGACCAAGCCCAAGCUCAUCUUCUGUCAUCAGACCAAGCCAAAGCUCAUCUUCUGCUGUCAGACCAAGCCCAAGCUCAUCUUCUGCCGGCAGAGCAAGCCCAAGCCCAAGCCCAUCUUCUGUCAUCAGACCAAGCCAAAGCUCAUCUUCUGCUGUCAGACCAAGCCCAAGCUCAUCUUCUGCCGACAGAGCAAGCUCAAGCCCAUCUUCUGUCGUCAGACCAAGCCCAAGCCCAUCUACUAGCACCUCUUCAACAGAUACAGAGGGUUCGGGAUGCGGUGCAUGGAACAGAAGUGCAACAUUACUUCUCCUAGAAGAUUAUAGGAUAAUCUCGAAGAAAGUUGAAGCUGGUCAAAAAACAAAGAAAUCCAUGUGGAAUGAAAUCUCAGCAAAUCUUAAGAAAAGGGGUUACAGCUAUACACCAGACCAAGUUAGUGGAAGAUUUAAGACUUUGGUAAGGGGUUAUAAAAACUUCAAAGAUCAUCAGAAGAAAAGUGGGAAUGGAACAAAAGCUUUUGAAUAUAAAGAAGAAAUGGAAGAAUUAUUGGGGCAAGAUCCUGCAGUUGUACCAGUAAUAACACUGUCCAGCACAGCACAGAAUGCUACAGAUAUUGAUGAUAGUCUAGACUCCAGUAGAGACGGAGAUGAAACUGAAGAUACCACUAGUGCAGCAAGUAAUGCAACAGUCUCUGAAUCUUCCAAGAGAAAGAAGCCAAAUACAAAUGAUCCUGUCGAUGCAAACAAGAAAAGAAGAUGUUCCUCGAGAGCUGAUGUUAUCCAGUCUUUAAAUGAUUUGAUGAAAAAUCAAGAGUCAGAAAAUGAAAAGAAAGAAGCUCGACAUAGAGAAAAACUUGAUGUCUUGAAAGAGUUGGUGGGAGCUUUAAGCAAGAAAUGA